AUGGGCGAGUGUCCUAUCAAGAACGCCAACAUCGGCGGUGGUGGCACCCGGAACCGCGACUGGUGGCCCAAUGAGUUGAGACUCAACAUCCUGCGCCAGCACACCUCGGUCACCAACCCGAUGAGCAAAGACUUUGACUAUGCGUCGGCCUUCAAGAGUUUGGACUAUGAUGGGCUGAAGAAGGAUCUGCAUGCCCUGAUGACGGAUUCACAGGAGUGGUGGCCCGCCGACUUUGGUCACUACGGCGGUCUCUUCAUCCGCAUGGCCUGGCACAGCGCUGGCACUUACCGCGUCUCCGACGGCCGUGGCGGAGGUGGACAGGGCCAACAACGCUUCGCACCGCUCAACAGCUGGCCCGACAACGUCAGUCUCGACAAGGCACGCCGCUUGCUCUGGCCCAUCAAACAGAAAUACGGCAACAAGAUUUCCUGGGCGGAUCUGUUGCUCCUCACGGGCAACGUGGCACUCGAAUCCAUGGGCGUCAAAACCUUUGGCUUUGCUGGUGGCCGCCCGGAUACCUGGGAGGCUGAGGAGGCUGUCUACUGGGGGGCCGAGACGACGUGGUUGGGCAAUGACGCUCGCUAUUCGGACGGCAAAGCAGGCCUGGCGGAGCAUGGCGUGGUGGUUUCUGAAGAACAUAAGAAAAAUUACAAAGACAUCCAUUCGCGUAACUUGGAAGAGCCGCUGGCAGCCUCCCACAUGGGCUUGAUCUAUGUGAACCCCGAAGGCCCCGACGGCAUCCCCGAUCCCAUCGCUGCAGGCAGAGACAUCCGCACGACCUUUGGCCGCAUGGCCAUGAACGAUGAGGAAACUGUUGCCCUGAUUGCCGGGGGUCACAGCUUCGGUAAGACGCACGGCGCAGCUCCUGAUAGUAACGUCGGCCCCGAACCAGAAGCGGCAGGCCUCGAGCAACAGGGCUUGGGCUGGGGCAACAAAUACGGUUCCGGAAAGGGUCCCGACACCAUUACUAGCGGCCUGGAGGUGAUCUGGACGAAGACUCCCACCAAGUGGAGCAACAACUUUCUGGAGUACCUGUUCAAGUUUGAGUGGGAGCUGACGAAGAGUCCGGCUGGUGCAAAUCAGUGGGUGGCGAAGAAUGCUGAUGCCAUCAUCCCCGAUGCUUACGAUCCUAACAAAAAGCACCUGCCGCGAAUGCUGACGACCGACCUGGCGCUGCGCUACGAUCCCGUGUAUGAGAAGAUCUCGCGUCGCUUCCUCGAGCAUCCAGAUCAGCUUCACGACGCAUUCGCCCGUGCCUGGUUCAAGCUGUUGCACCGUGACAUGGGACCGCGAACUCGCUGGCUCGGACCGGAAAUCCCGGCCGAGGAGCUGCUCUGGGAGGAUUUCAUUCCGGCGGUCAAUCACCCUCUGAUCGAUGACAAGGACAUUGCUGCUCUGAAGAAAGAGAUUCUGGCCACCGGGGUGGACCCCACCAAAUUCAUCUCCACCGCCUGGGCAUCGGCUUCCACUUUCCGCGGUAGUGACAAGCGUGGUGGCGCCAAUGGGGCCCGCAUCCGCCUUGCCCCCCAGAAGGACUGGAGGGUGAACGACCCAGCACAGCUGAGCCAAGUGCUGAGCACAUUGGAAGGCGUACAGAAGAAAUUCAACGCUUCCGCGACUGGCGGCAAGAAGGUGUCGCUGGCCGACCUCAUCGUGCUGGCAGGAUGCGCCGCCGUCGAGAGGGCGGCAGGUGUUCCGGUGCCCUUCACCCCCGGCCGCAUGGAUGCCUCGCAGGAGCAAACCGACAUUCAGUCUUUCGACUAUUUGGAGCCAUUGGCUGAUGGAUUCCGCAACUACGGCAAAUCGACAUCCCGUGUCAAAACUGAACACUUUCUCGUCGACAAGGCGCAUCUGCUGACGCUUACCACUCCAGAAAUGACGGUGCUGGUGGGCGGCAUGCGUGCCCUGAACGCCAACUGGGAUGGAUCCUCUCAUGGUAUCUUGACCAAGCGUCCCGGUCAACUGACCAAUGACUUUUUCGUCAAUUUGCUCGACAUGAACACGGCUUGGAAGCCCGCUAGCCCCGACAAUGAGCUCUACGAGGGCGUCGACCGCAAGACGCUCCAGAAGAAAUGGACCGCCACCCGCAACGAUCUGAUCUUUGGCGCUCACGCCGAGUUGCGUGCUGUUGCCGAGGUGUAUGCCCAAUUGGAUGGACAGGAGAAGUUUGUCAAGGACUUUGUGACUGCUUGGGAUAAGGUGAUGAACUUGGACCGAUUUGAUUUGACCUCUUCUGCGAGCGCUGGUAAGGCCAGGCUUUGA